GCAGCUACUAACCUCACCGCUACUAUACACCCAACUGAACACACAAGAAAGGAACGUAAACAAACAAAGAAGAUGACUCGCGGUAACCAGCGUGAUCUCGCGCGCGAGAAAAACAUGAAGAAACUGCAGGAAAAGAAUAAAGUGCACCGCGACGAUGGCCUUUCGGCUGCUGCGCGCAAAGAGGCUGACGCAGAGAAAAUGCGCCAGAAGCAAGCUGCUGCGGAAGCUCGGAAGAACGGUGGCGGCUCGUGACUGACGACUCGCUCUGUUUGUAAUUCCGUAACAAAUUCCACUCACACGUAGUGCGUUUCCCUUAUUUUUUUAUGUUAUUAUUUCUUUUGCUGUUCGUUCGAUCCAAGGCUUAAGACCAUUGCUGGUCAACUGUGAAAACUGGCAUUGAUUUGGUAGAGGAAGUCGUUAUCUUCUUUUCUAUCCGUAAUCAUGUGUGGCAAAUAAUUGACAGCUGAGUGCACUCAUUGAGGCAGAGCUUGUUUUUGUUGGGCUACACAACUCGAGGAAGAUCAACUCAUUGAGUAAUGUUGCCACUAAUUAUUUGUGGAUCAGUCAUUUGAGGAGUUUUUCUGAUGUGCGUGUGCCUAUGCCUAUGCCUAUGCCUGCAAAUGUGUGCAUGCGUGUGGCAAACGUUUCAAAGGUAAGCGUUUGCUUUUGUGUACUCUUGAUGGACAUUAUAAGCAACGAGAGAAUAGAAG